ACUUUGUCUUUCACGCGAAAUAUAGUUGUUGUUCAUUAUUAAUGCUGUGUCUUGGUUUUCAAUUAAAUAUGAGCAUUUAUUAGUAUUAGCGUUAAAUUUCGAUGAAUGAAACGCUACUUUCGGUCAGAGUCUUAAUUUACGAGACAUGGCCAUAACAACCGAUCACAUCCGGGCUAAACUCAGAACGGAGCUUGCGGCGGAGCACGUCGACGUGGAGGAUAUGUCGCCCAGCAGAUGUGCGGCGAGCUUUAAAGUGCUCGUGGUGUCGUCCCAGUUUGAGGGCAAGCCCCUCUUACAGAGACACAGGAUGGUGAACACCUGCUUAGCGGAGGAGCUGAAAGACAUCCACGCCUUGGAACAGAAGACUCUCACACCGGAACAGUGGGAGAAACAAAAGUCUAAAUGACAUUGCCGCCAUCGUAUUGUGUGGUAAAACAUAACAAGAAGCAAGCAAGUGUCGUUACAGUUCCCAUCCCAUGCAGAUUGUAUAAAUGCAUUUGAAAAUGCUGCUGGCAAUAAAACUGACAGCUGCCUGUGUUGCCGUUUUGAAACAA